AUGAGGAAAUAUGAUUAUGCGGUAGUUGAUAAGCCAUCCCUCACAACAUGGAUGAAAGGAGGUCUUGAUUAUAUAGUUCUUAAAAGUUUAGAUAUCGAUGGAAUUUGGAUCAUUUCAAGUGUUCCUGGUCAAAGCAUCGCUCUUGCUCAUUACAUACAGCAGGUCGAUGAUAUGGUUGAGGAAUUUACUGAAAUCAAUCAUAUCAUGGAGAAGACUGGGGACUUCAUAAGGAAAAGAAAGAAGCUCUUUCAACUUAUGGACUUGGCUAAUUCUAAUCUUGCAGAUGUCAUCAUUAGACUUCACCUUUUUGACAGGGAUAUGCAACUGUGGAGAGAAAGAAUGCAGUGA